AUGGCAUCCAAAGUAUUGAACUAUUUGUUGGGUUGUCUAAAUUUUAUGACAGUUCAAGGUGUUAAAAUACCCAAUUACAAAACUGCUCAUCCAAAUAGUAUGGAUCACUCCAUAAUACAACUGCAGUUAAUUGGUCAGUAUUUACUAGAAAGCUGUGGAUUGGGCUGUUUGUAUUUCAGGAAUCAACUAUCGACUGAUGGAGAUCAUCUACUGGGGAGAUUUAUUAGGAUGAUAACUGCCUUAGUGGGAGAGGAAACUAUAUGUUUUAAUUUUCUGCUUAUCAUUCCCUUGUCCAUGUUUCUGAAGAAUAGCAGUUUAGGCACUAGAAGUCCUGGCCACUGGCUUGCUUCCACUUCUCCUCAAGAUGACGAUGACUCUCUUGAUACAGAGGGCUUUCAAGAGCAGUUUCUUUUGGAGACGCCUCCACCUAUUGAUGAUAGCAGGGAAAAAUCCUCAAAAAAAUUUAUGCAGAAAGACGUAUCAUCAGAAUAUAAAGCAGUUAGGCAAGUCUUGGAGAAGGCAGCUCAGUCAAGAGCUGAAAACAUAGUAGUGGGGGGAUUAGCUUCAGGUGAAGACUCAGAACUUGGGGAUGAAGCAGAAAGGUUAGAGGAAUUUGAACCAGUACAAGAUUCUAGAUUUGAGAAAAGAUACGACUAUCACACUGCUGAGCACAUUUUGAAACAACGGCCUCAUGAGUUUGAUAGGGGUCGACCAGCAAACCUAAACAUCAAAAGUAUAAAAUCACCAGAGGAAGAGAAAGGCUCAAAAGACUCCAAGAAGCAAGAAAACUUGAAAAGGCAAGAUGAUUUUAGUGGAAAACCACAAGAAAAACUCUUUUUAGAGACUACAAGUAGACGAAUAACAUUCAGACCUGUAGAAAGAUUAUCUGGUGGUGUUGGAGUGGGAAAACUAAGUGACAAAAAUGUUUUGAAGUCAUCUGACAAAGUUGGUGAAGAAGAAAAUAUCAGAAGUUCCCAGACAGGUGUAGAAGACACACAGAGUGACUUGUCAAAUCAAGAAAGCAUGGGAAGUGAUAAAAGGCGUGAGGAAGGUGCCCAAAGAGGCAUUAAUGUAAGGGGAAUUAAGAAGCAGUAUGAGAAACCAACAGAAAGUCAAGGCAUACAGAGCACAACAGAAGAUGGUAAACAUAUUGAUCGUGGCACUAGUCCACUUGAGGGCAAAAUUAUGAUAAGCCCAAAUCCACAUCCAAGCGAACUUCCUCCAAGUCAUUCAUCAGGCGGCAAGUCAACUUUCCCCCCACCUACACUUGAGUUAGUCAUUGGGAGAAAAGAGGUAAGAACAAGGGAAGCUAGUGCAAGUGCAGAAAGUCGUCUUACUUUGUACGGGGCACGCGAUGUUGAAAUUUCUAUACGAUCGCAGUCUCAUAUCAGUGUAACAACUACAAGACGAGAAGCCAGUGGGAAAGAAACAUCAGAAAGGGUUGAUGUUGGUAUGACAGCAACGGCAGGUACUGGUGGAAAAGUGGAGCUUGUUCCUGAACAUGAUACAGGUGUCACUAGUGAAACAGUUGCUACUCCUCAUGAAGUUUAUAUCAUUCCUCCACCAUCAGUAGCAGACACAAAUGUACCAUCUUUUACUGACAUAAAUAAAGAGAAAAAACGUGAAGACACUGUUAUAUUCAGUGGUAAGAAAAGUGUGUAUCGGUAUGAGUCAGUAGAAGCUACAGGCUCACCUGCAUUUGAGAGUCCUACAACAGAAGAUAGUGCAUCUCACCAUAUUACAGAUACUGGUAUAAGUCUGACUAGGGGCACAACAACAGAUACAAUUACAAGCUCUGCACAUCCUCCUCGUGGAGAUCUUUAUACUGACGAGAGAGGAGUUUUGUCAGACACAGCUGUAGAUGUAGGAGCAGAAGAAGCGGAGCUUACAGAUGCAGGUUUAAGCCCUAUUCAGGCUGAUGAAAUAGCCAUAGGAGUUCCAAGCACAGAAUUAUUUAUGGAAGAUGAAGCUGUUCUUUCACAAUACUGUGAUACAGCAAGUAGCCCUGUUUAUUUCAAAGGAGAGUCAACAUCUGUAGCUUUGUCCCCAUUCCAGAUUGAUACAUCAGAAGCUAGUGUACUAACAGACAAGGUGGACACAAAAGAUGCUAGUGUCAGCCCGGUUUACUCCGAGGAAGUGUUGCAGCCAGUGAAGGAAGCUGCAGCAUUUCCUAGUGAUGCUUUGAAGUUUAUGGGAAAACAUGUAGUUUCAGAAGGUGAAAUUGUAAGAACCCGUCGAGAUUCAGGUGAUGUUAGAGCAAUGAUAAAGUUUCUUGAGGAAGGUGCUCAUCUUCAGAGACCAGCUGAGAGAGUAGAAAUAGCAGUACAAAAAGAGAAAAUAAAAGUUCGAGAUGAUUUUCAGACAUUUACAAAACUAAAAGAAGAAAAGACACGUAUUAGGCAUGAUAAAUCAGUGGCUGAGUACGAUGAAUUUACUCAAAAACCUGUUUCUUAUAGUGAUAAAUCUGAACAGUUAACUUCAGUUUCUCUUACUGAUGAAAAAAUUGCUAAAUCUCUUUCCACUAAACAUAUUGGUCCAAAAAUUAAAGAACUCCAGAAAAUAUUCAGUCAGUCAUCUAUGGAGGAAGAAUUAGAUAAAAGAUUGCCUUACAUUCAUGAUGAAGAUAACAAAAUGGGUAUUAUAGAAAAAAAAUCUCAAUUAAUAUAUGAUAAUUUAGACAAGAAAGAGAGGAAAAAGUCUGUGAGUGACUACACUUGUGAAAUCAGUGGCCUUGGUAUUGAAAUAACAAAAAGUGAACUUGUGAAAAGCCAUGAACUCCAAGACCAUGAGGCUUCUACAAUUAAAGAGGUGACAGCUGAAGAAAGCUAUCCCCACAUUUCUGAAGUCAUAGAAAAAAUAGAAAAACGCAUAGCUAAGGCAACCAAGCCAGAACAUAUGAAACUGAGUGACCAUAAGGGCCUCGAUGUGAUGAAAGAUGAGGCCAAGAAAGCAAUUAUUUCAUAUGAAGACAAGCCAUCAAUGGUAGAAGAAAAGUUAACUCAGGUUGUCCAAGCAGAAAAACAGGUUCUUCAGAAGAUUGCAGAAGUAAUUCACAUUGUAGAAGAAAAAUCAAAACUUAAUGGAAUACAGGAAACAACAACAAUUCACAGUGCAAAAGAUAUUGAUAUUGUGGAAGCUGAAAUGCCUGCUGAGGUGAAUGAGGUCCAUGAUGUAAGUGAAAGAGUAGUCCAUGAUGUAAGUGAAAGAGUAGGAGAGUUAAUACAACAACCAGUAGAAAAAGAACCACCACCACAUGAGUGUAAGAAAUCUAUCACAGUGCAUGAAAUAUUAAUAGACACUGAGUUAGAAGUGGAAAAGGGGCCUGAUGACAAAGUAGUGACCACAUUACCAACAAAGGAGAAGGCACUGGUUCCAGAGAGGAAGCAUCUGGUUUCUACAGAGUUAGCUUUAUCAGAGGUGCAAGAAGCCUUUGAGAAAGAGCAUGUCUCUCCACUCAAAGAUGUUGACAUUGUGCAAGAAACUUAUGAGAAAUUGGUUUCCCCUAUUAGAAAAGUUGUUGCAAGAAAGUUGUCACAUGAGGAGACAGUGUUGGAAACAGAACCAGGGGUUUCCAUUGAUACAGGUGUACUAGUACGUGAGGAAAUCACCAAAGAAAAGGUUGUUGGUGCACUCAGAGAGGUUUCAGUAGGAGAAAAAGAUCAGAAGCAAGAAAUUAUUCUGGACACAACAAAAGAGAAGGAACCUGAUUUAAUGGGUAAGUCUCAGGCCAUAAUUGAAACAUUCGAACAGGAUACUAUAAUGGAGACAGCACAUCAGGCAGAUAUAAAAGUAGCACCAGCAAAGAAAGAGGCACCAAUUUUGGAAGAUGAGAUUAUGAUUUCUAUUGAGUCAGCUAAAUUAGACAAGAAGGAAAAGAUAGGAGAACCAUACAAGGAAACAAUUUUAGGUUUUGGAGAUGAGCUUGAAGUAUUAGUCAAACCAUCACAAGGGAAGGAACCAGUUUUGGAGAGAGAGCCACAAGUUUUCAUUAUGUCAGUAGUAAAAGAGGAUGUUUCUUCACUUAAGGAUGUAUAUGCUGAGGAAGGAGUGACACAAGCACCAGCAGAUAGAAAAGUACCAGCAGUCGUAGCAGAACAGGAAGUCACCGUAGUGUCGUCUCUAAAAGAGUUGCAGGAAAUCACUGUAUGCGAAGUUAUCUCUCCAUUCAGAGAGGUUAUUGUGGGGGAGAAAUCAGAUGAGCAUAAAAGUACAGUAGAAUUAUUACAGGAGGAAGCUUUUCUCCAGGAGGAUAAAUCUGGGGUGUCUACUGAUAUAACUCACGAAGCUGUGCCAGCAAUCAUGGAAAAUCAGUUAAAAUCCCCAACUGGAGUAAGACCAGUAGACAAAAAAUUUGUUGACACAGCAGGCAGAGAUAAAGAAUUGGACACAAAGGAGAAACCUGUUGUAGAGAGGGCACAUGAAGUAUCUAUUCAGCUGGUAAAAACAGAUGUGCAAGAUAUUAUACAAAAGGAAACGGUUUCCAUAGUACGAGCAGUGGACGUAACACAGGUGCAUGAGGAGGACGUGACUUCAGAGGACAAAGGAGAAGAGCCUUCUGCCUUACAGGAUGAAACCAUGGUCUCAAUUGAAUCUCAUGUGACAGAGUUGGAAGAAACCAUUGAAGAACAUGUCCCACAAGAGAAAGCAGCUCGUGAUACUGCAAAGACAGAUGAGGAGGAUGUGAAAAUAGCACCUUCAUUAGAGCAGGUAUCCCUUCAGAGGCAUCAGCUCGGGGCAUCUGUUGAGUCACAAGUGUCAGAUAUGCAAGAUAGCGUGGUAAAAGAACUUGCGGCACCCAUCAUAGAUACAGGGAAAGAGCAGAUAGUAGAAGAAGAAGUCAGAGAAACAGUGACAAAAAAAGUGUCACCUGUCUUAAAGGAAGAGCCCAUGGCCUCAAUUCAAUCUCAAGUCACAGAGUUGAAAGAAAUCACUAAAGAACAUAUUGUACGACAAGAACGGGUAGUUCCUGGCAGUGCAGAGUUAGAUGAGGACAUGAAAAUGGAACCUUCAGCUGAGCAGGUACCCCUUAAGGAGCACAAGCCAGGGGUCUCUGUUGAAUCAUCUGUGUCUGAUAUACAAGACAUUACUGUAAAAGACAGAGUGUCACCACCUACAGAAAUUGUCAAAAAGCAGUUAGUUGGAGAAGAAGUCAAAGAAACAGUGACAAAGGAAGAAUCACCUGAAUUGAAAAUAGAACCUGCAGUCUCUGUAAGCUUAGCUGCCUUUGAUGUGCUAUAUACCACUGAAAAAGAUGUUGGUACUCCAACUACAGAAAUGACUGUAAUUGAGAGACAGGAUGUGUGUGAAACAAUAAUAAAACCAUCAGUUGAGGUAGCAGCUGUUUUGGAUGAUAAGCUUGAUCUGUCUGUUGAACCUGAGGUAACAGAUAUGCCAGAAAUAUUAGAAAAACCUGUUGUAUCUCUUCUUGCAGAUACAUCUACCGAUGAGGAUAUUACAAAAGCACCAGCACUGAUAAAGGUUCCUGUUUUUGAGGAUGACCAGGAAGUUACCACAGUGUCAUCUGCAAAAGAGUUGCAGAAAAUAACUGUACAUGAAGUUAUUGUCCCUGUGAGAGAAGUAGUUUUUGAGCAGAAAUUGGACGAGGAUGAAGGUAGCGAACCAGCAGUCAAGGAAAGUGAGCUAAAAUACCCACUUACAGUAAUAUUAGCAGACACAACAUUGGAAGAGGCAGCUGCUAGAGAUGAAGAAUGGGACACAAAGGAGAAACCUGUUGCAGAGGGUGCAUAUGACGUCUGUAUUGAGCAAGCAAUAACUGUUGUGGAAGAUACUGUAGAAGAGAAAGUGUUUUCCAAAGGAAGAGAAGUUUAUUCAGCAGGAGAGCAUCAAGAGGAAGAAGUGACAUUAGAGGAAAAAGAAACAGCGCCAUCUGCCUUAAAGGAGAAGCUCUCAGCCUCAAUUGAAUCGAGGAUCACAGAGUUUGAUGAAACCACUGAAGAAUAUAUUGUACCACAGGAGACAGUUCCUGAUAGUGCAAAGAUAGAUGAGGAGGCCAUAAAAAUGCUGCCUCCAGCAGAGAAGGUACACCUUAAGGAACAUGAGGCAGCGGUUUCUGUUGAAUCACCAGUGUCAGAAGUUCAAGACAGCAUGGUAAAAGACAUAGUGACACCUGUAAUAGAUAUGGUCAAAGAUCAGUUAGUAAAAGAAGACGUGAGGGAAACACUGAUGGAGCUAGAGCCACCUGAAUUGAAAAGUGAGCAUGAAGUCUCUGAGAGAUCAGCUACAUUUGAUGUACUAGAUAUCACCGAAAAAGACAUUGUUUCUCCAACCCAAGAAUUAACUGUUGUUCAUGACAUUCUAGAAGAGGAGGCGGUUUCCAUAGUAAGAGAAGUUGACGUAACACAAGGGCAUGGCAAGGAGGAAGAUACUUUAGAGGAAACAGAAUCAGAGCGAUCUGCAUUGAAGGAGGAGCCCGUGGUCUCAAUUGAAACUCGGGUGACAAAUUUGCAAGAAAUCACUCCAGAACGCAUUAUACAAGAAGAAAAGCCAGUUCCUGAUACUGCAAAGGCAGAUGAUGAGACCUUGAAAAUGUCACCUUCAGCAGAGCCAUUAACCCUUAAGGACCAUGAGACAGUCAUGUCUGUAGAAUCACCUGUGUCAGCUGUACAAGACACAAUGGUAAAAGACAUAGUGUCACCUGUAGUAAUAGAUAUGGUGCCAUCAGUUGAUGUAGGACCUAGUGUAGAAGAGAAGCUUGAACUCUCUAUCGAACCAGAGGUAACAGAAAUAACAGAAGAACCUGGUGUCUCACCUAUUAGGGAUAUAUCUGCCAAGGAGGAUGAGACAAAAGCACCAUCUGUGGUAAAAGUACCAGUUCUUGAGGGAGAGCAAGAAAUUACCAUAGUGUCAUCUGUAAAAGAGUUGCAGGAAAUCACUGUAGAUGAAGUUAUUUCCACAGUGAGAGAUGUAGUUCUAGAUCAGAUAUUGGAUGAGGAUAAAAGUAGGGUAGAAUCAUUGGAUGAGGAAGCUGUUAUUGAGGAAGACAAAUCUGAGGUGUCUAUUGAGGUAGCUGACAGAGCUGUGCCAGCAAUAGUGGCAAGUGAGGUAAAAUCCCCACUUGAAGUAAUAUCAGUCGACACAACAUUGGAUAUGGCAGCUGAUAGAGACAAAGAAUUAGACAAAAAGGAGGAAACUAUUGUGGAGGGUGCAUAUGAGGUCCCUAUUGAGCAAGCAUUUACAGUUGUGCAGGACAUUAAAAAGGAGGAAGUUGUUACCAUAGUAAAAGAGGUAGAUGUAACAUGGGAGCUUGAGGAGGAAGAAGUCACAUUGGAAGAGAUAGUAGAAGAUCUAUCUGCCUUAAAGGAGGAGCCCAUGGUCUCAGUCAAAACUCCUGUCACAGAAUUGGAUGAAGUCACUGAAGAACACAUUGUACCACAAGAAAAGGCAACUCCUGAUAGUGCAAAGAUAGAUGAGGAGACUUUGAAAAUGUCACCUUCAGCAGAGCCGUUACCCCCUAAGGUCCGUGAGGCAGACAUGUCUGCAGAAUCAUCUGUGUCAGAUGUACAAGACGCAAUGGUAAAAGACAUAGUGGCAACUGUAGUAAUAGAUAUGGUCAGGGAGCAGGUAGUUGAAGAAGAAAUCAGAAAAACAGUGAUGGAGGUAGUGUCACCUGCAUUGAUAACUGAGCCUGUAAUCUCUGUAAGAUUAGCUCCAUUAGAUGUUCCAGAUAGAACCGAUAAAGACAUUGUUUCUCCAACUGAAGAAAUUACUGUAAGUGAGCAACUGGAUGUGCGUGAAACAGUGCCGGAGUCAUCAGUUGAUGUAGGACCUGGUGUAGAAGAGAAGCUCCAACUCUCUAUUGAACCAGAGGUAACAGAGAUGCCAGAAAUAACAGAAGAACCAGAUGUAUCAUCUAUUAGGGAUAUAUCUCCCAAGGAGGAUGUGACAAAAGCACCAUCUGUGGUAAACGUACAAGUUGUUAAGGCAGAGCAAGAAAUUACCAUAUUGUCAUCUGUAAAAGAGUUGCAGGAAAUCACUGUAGAUGAAGAUAUUUCCACAGUGACAGAUGUAGUUCUAGAUCAGAUAUUGGAUGAGGAUGGAAGUAGGGUAGAAGCAUUGGAUGAGGAGGCUGUUAUUGAGGAAGACAAAUCUGAGGUGUCUAUUGAGGUAGCUGACAGAGCUGUGCCAGCAAUAGUGGCAAGUGAGGUAAAAUCCCCACUUGAAGUAAUAUCAGUCGACACAACAUUGGAUAUGGCAGCUGAUAGAGACAAAGAAUUAGACACAAAGGAGGAAACUAUUGUGGAGGGUGCAUAUGAGGCCCCUAUUAAGCAAGCAUUUACAGUUGUGCAGGACAUUAAAAAGGAGGAAGUUGUUUCCAUAGUAAAAGAGGUAGAUGUAACACGGGAACGUGAGGAGGAAGAAGUCACAUUGGAAGAGACAGUAGAUGAACUAUCUGCCUUAAAGGAGGAGCCCAUGGUCUCACCCAAAACUCCUGUCUCAGAACUGGAAGAAGUCAUUGAAGAACACAUUGUACCACAAGAAAAGCAGGCAGCUCCAGAUAGUGCAAAGAUAGAUGAGCAGACCUUGAAAAUGUCACCUUCAGCAGAGCCACUACCCCUUAAGGACCAUGAGACAGACAUGUCUGUAGAAUCACCAGUGUCAGAUGUACCAGACACAAUGGUAAAAGACAUAGUGUCACCUGUAGUAAUAGAUAUGGUCAAAGUGCAGGUAGUUAAAGAAGAGAUCAGAAAAACAGUGAUGGAGGUAGUGUCACCUGCAUUGAUAACUGAGCCUGAAAUCUCUGUAAGAUUAGCUCCAUUAGAUAUUCCAGAUAGAACUGAUAAAGAAAUUGUUUCUCCUACUGAAGAAAUUACUGUAAGUGAGCAACUGGAUGUGCGUGAAACUGUGAUGGUGUCAUCAGUUGAUGUAGGACCUGCUGUUGAAGAGAAGCUCGAUCUCUCUAUUGAACCAGAGGUAACAGAGAUGCCAGAAAUAACAGAAGAACUAGGUGUGUCACCUAUUAGGGAUAUAUCUCCCAAGGAGGAUGUGACAAAAGCACCAUCUGUGGUAAAAGUACCAGUUGUUGAGGCAGAGCAAGAAAUUACCAUAGUGUCAUCUGUAAAAGAGUUGCAGGAAAUCACUGUAGAUGAAGUUAUUUCCACAGUGAGAGAUGUAGUUCUAGAUCAGAUAUUGAAUGAGGAUGGAAGUAGGGUAGAAUCGAUAGUUGAGGAAGCUGUUAUUGAGGAAGACAAAUCUGAGGUGUCUAUUGAGGUAGCUGACAGAGCUGUGCCAGUAAUAGUGGCAAGUGAGGUAAAAUCCCCACUUGAAGUAAUAUCAGUCGACAAAAUGUUGGAUAUCGCAGCUGAUAGAGACAAAGAAUUAGACACAAAGGAGGAAACUAUUGUGGAGGGUGCAUAUGAGGCCCCUAUUGAGGAAGCAUUUACAGUUGUGCAGGACAUUAAAAAGGAGGAAGUUGUUUCCAUAGUAAAAGAGGUAGACGUAUCACAGGAGCUUGAGGAGGAAGAAGUCACAUUGGAAGAGACAGUAGAAGAACUAUCUGCCUUAAAGGAGGAGCCCAUGGCCUCACUCAAAACUCCUGUCACACAAUUGGAAGAAGUCACUGAUGAACACAUUGUACAAGAAAAGGCAACUCCUGAUAGUGCAAAGAUAGAUGAAGAGACCUUGAAAAUGUCACCAUCAACAGAGUCGUUACCCCUUAAGGACCGUGAGGCCGACAUGUCAGUAGAAUCACCUGUGUCAGAUGUGCAAGACACAAUGGUAAAAGACGUAGUGGCACCUGUAGUAAUAGAUAUGGUCAGAGAGCAGGUAGUUGAAGAAGACAUCAGAAAAACAAUGAUGGAGGUAGUGUCACCUGCAUCGAUAACUGAGCCUGAAAUCUCUGUAAGAUUAGCUCCAUUAGAUGUUCCAGCUAGAACCGAUAAAGACAUUGAUUCUCCAACUGAAGAAAAUACUGUUAGUGAGCAACUGGAUGUGCGAGAAACAGUGCUGGUGUCAUCAGUUGAUGUAGGACCUGGUGUAGAACAGAAGCUUGAUCUCUCUAUUGAACAAGAGGUAACAGAAAUGCCAGAAAUAACAGAAGAACCACGUGUUUCACCUAUUAGGGAUAUAUCUCCCAAGGAGGAUGUGACAAAAGCACCAUCUGUAGUAAAAGUACCAGUUGUUGAGGCAGAGCAAGAAAUUACCAUAGUGUCAUCUGUAAAAGAGUUGCAGGAAAUCACUGUAGAUGAAGUUAUUUCCACAGUGAGAGAUGUAGUUCUAGAUCAGAUAUUGAAUGAGGAUGGAAGUAGGAUAGUAUCGAUAGAUGAGGAAGCUUUUAUUGAGCUAGGCAAAUCUGAGGUGUCGAUUGAGGUAGCUGACAGACCUGUGCCAGCAUUAGUGGCAAGUGAGGUAAAAUCCCCACUUGAAGUAAUAUCAGUCGAGAAAACAUUGGAUAUGGCAGCUGAUAGAAACAAAGAAUUGGACACAAAGGAGGAAACUAUUGUGGAGGGUGCAUAUGAGGCCCCUUUUGAGCAAGCAUUUACGGUUGUGCAAGACAUUAAAAGGGAGGAAGUUGUUUCCAUAGUAAAAGAGGUAGACGUAACACAGGAGCUUGAGGAGGAAGAAGUCACAUUGGAAGAGACAGUAGAAGAACUAUCUGCCUUAAAGGAGGAGCCCAUUGUCUCAAUCAAAACUCCGGUCACAGAACUGGAAGAAGUCACUGAAGAACACAUCGUACCACAAGAAAAGGCAGCUCCUGAUAGUGCAAUGAUAGAUGAGGAGACAUUGAAAAUAUCACCUUCAGCAGAGCCAUUACACAUUAAGGACCAUGAGGCAGACAUCUCUGUAGAAUCAGCUGUGUCAGAUGUACAAGACACAGUGGUAAAAGACAUAGUGGCACCUGUAGUAAUAGAUAUGGUCACUGAGCAGGUAGUUGAAGAAGAGUUCAGAGAAAUAGUGAUGGAGGUAGUGUCACCCGUGUUGCUAACUGAACCUGAAAGCUCUGUAAGAUUAGCUCCAUUAGAUGUUCCAAAUAGAACUGAUAAAGACGUUUUUUCUCCAACUGAAGAAAUUACUGUAAGUGAGCAACUGGAUGUGCGUGAAACAGUGCCGGUGCCAUCGGUUGAUGUAGGACCUGGCGUAGAAGACAAGCUCGAUCUCUCUAUCGAACCAGAGGUAGCAGAAAUAACAGAAGAACCAGGUGUGUCACCUAUUAGGGAUAUAUCUCCCAAGGAGGAUGAGAAAAAAGCACCAUCUGUGGUAAAAGAACCAGUUCUUGAGGAAGAGCAAGAAAUUACCAUAGUGUCAUCUGUAAAAGAGUUGCAGGAAAUUACUGUAGAUGAAGUUAUUUCCACAGUGAGAGAUGUAGUUCUCGAUCAGAUGUUGGAUGAGGAUGGAAGUAGGAUAGAAUCGUUAGAUGAGGAAGCUGUUAUUGAGGAAGACAAAUCUGAGGGGUCUAUGGAGGUAGCUGACAGAGCUGUGCCAGCAAUAGUGGCAAGUGAGGUAAAAUCCCCACUUGAAGUAAUAUCAGUCGACCCAACAUUGGAUAUGGCAGCUGAUAGAGACAAAGAAUUAGACACUAAGAAGGAAACUAUUGUGGAGGGUGCAUAUGAGGUCCCUAUUGAGCAAGCAUUUACAUUUGUGCAGGACAUUAAAAAGGAGGAAGUUGUUUCCAUAGUAAAAGAGGUAGACGUAACACAGGAGCUUGAGGAGGAAGAAGUCACAUUGGAAGAGACAGUAGAAGAACUAUCUGCCUUAAAGGAGGAGUCAGUGGUCUCACUGAAAACUCCUGUCACAGAAUUGGAAGAAGUCACUGAAGAACACAUUGUACCACAAGAAAAGGCAGCUCCUGACAGUGCGAAGAUAGGUGAGGAGACCUUGAAAAUGUCACCUUCAGCAGAGCCAUUACACGUUAAGGACCAUGAGGCAGACAUCUCUGUAGAAUCAGCUGUGUCAGAUGUACAAGACACAGUGGUAAAAGACAUAGUGUCACCUGUAGUAAUAGAUAUGGUCAGGGAGCAGGUUGUUGAAGAAGAGUUCAGAAAACUAGUGAUGGAGGUAGUGUCUCCCGUGUUGCUAACUGAGCCUGAAAUCUCUGUAAGAUUAGCUCCAUUAGAUGUUCCAGAUAGAACUGAUACAGGCAUUGUUUCUCCAACUGAAGAAAUUACUAUAAGUGAGCAACUGGAUAUGCGUGAAACAGUGCCGGUGCCAUCAGUUGAUGUAGGACCUGGUGCAGAAGAGAAGCUCGAUGUCUCUAUCGAACCAGAGGUAACAGAAAUGCCAGAAAUAACAGUAGAACCAGGUGUGUCACCUGUUAGGGAUAUAUCUCCCAAGGAGGAUGUGACAAAAGCACCAUCUGUGAUAAAAGUACCAGCUGUUGAGGCAGAGCAAGAAAUUACCAUAGUGUCAUCUGUAAAAGAGUUGCAGGAAAUCACUGUAGAUGAAGUUAUUUCCACAGUAAGAGAUGUAGUUCUAGAUCAAAUAUUGGAUGAGGAUGGAAGUAGGAUAGUAUCAUUAGAUGAGGAGGCUUUUAUUGAGGAAGGCAAAUCAGAGGUGUCUCUGGAGGUAGCUGACAGGGCUGUGCCAGCAAUAGUUGCAAGUGAGGUAAAAUCCCCACUUGAAGUAAUAUCAGUCGACAAAACAUUGGAUAUGGCAGCUGAUAGAGACAAAGAAUUAGACAUAAAGGAUGAAACUAUUGUUGAGGGUGCAUAUGAGGCCCCUAUUGAGCAAGCAUUUACAGUUGUGCAGGACAUUAAAAAGGAGGAAGUUGUUUCCAUAGUAAAAGAGGUAGACGUAACACCUGAGCUUGAGGAGGAAGAUGUCACAUUGGAAGAGACAGUAGAAGAACUAUCUGCCUUAAAGGAGGAGUCAGUGGUCUCACUGAAAACUCCUGUCACAGAAUUGGAAGAAGUUACUGAAGAACACAUUGUACCACAAGAAAAGGCAGCCCCUGACAGUGCGAAGAUAGGUGAGGAGACCUUGAAAAUGUCACCCUCAGCAGAGCCAUUACACGUUAAGGACCAUGAGGCAGACAUCUCUGUAGAAUCAGCUGUGUCAGAUGUACAAGACACAGUGGUAAAAGACGUAAUGGCACCUGCAGUAAUAGAUAUGGUCAGAGAACAGGUCGUUGAAGAAGAGUUCAGAGAAAUAGUGAUGAAGGUAGUGUCUCCCGUGUUGCUAACUGAGCCUGAAAUCUCUGUAAGAUUAGCUCCAUUAGAUGUUCCAGAUAGAACUGAUAAAGACAUUGUUUCUCCAACUGAAGAAAUUACUAUAAGUGAGCAACUGGAUGUGCGUGAAACAGUGCCGGUGCCAUCAGUUGAUGUAGGACCUGGUGCAGAAGAGAAGCUCGAUGUCUCUAUCGAACCAGAGGUAACAGAAAUGCCAGAAAUAACAGAAGAACCAGCCGUGUCACCUAUUAGGGAUAUAUCUCCCAAGGAGAUUGUGACACUAGCACCAUCUGUGGCAAAAGUACCAGUCGUUGAGGCAGAGCAAGAAAUUACCAUAGUGUCAUCUGUAAAAGAGUUCCAGGAAAUCACUGUAGAUGAAGUUAUUUCCACAGUGAGAGAUGUAGUUGUAGAUCAGAUAUUGGAUGAGGAUCGAAGUAGGGUAGAAUCGUUAGAUGAGGAAGCUGUUAUUGAGGAAGACAAAUCUGAGGUGACUCUUGAGGUAGGUGACGGAGCCAUGCCAGCAAUAGUGGCAAGUGAGGUAAAAUCCCCACUUGAAGUAAUAUCAGUCGACACAACAUUGGAUAUGGCAGCUGAUAGAGACAAAGAAUUAGACACAAAGGAGGAAACUAUUGUGGAGGGCACAUAUCAGGUCCCUAUUGAGCAAGCAUUUACAGUUGUGCAGGACAUUAAAAAGGAGGAAAUUGUUUCCAUAGUUAAAGAGGUAGACGUAACACAGAAGCUUGAGGAGGAAGAAGUCACAUUGGAAGAGACAGUAGAAGAACUAUCUGCCUUAAAGAAGGAGCCCAUGGUCUCAGUCAAAACUUCUGUCACAGAAUUGGAAGAAGUCACUGAAGAACACAUUGUACCACAAGAAAAGGCAGCUCCUGACAGUGCAAUGUUAGAUGAGGAGACCUUGAAAAUGUCACCUUCAGCAGAGCCAUUACCCGUUAAGGACUAUGAGGCACACUUCUUUGUAGAAUCACCCGUGUCAGAUGUACAAGACACAGUGGUAAAAGACGUAAUGGCACCUGCAGUAAUAGAUAUGGUCAGAGAGCAGGUCGUUGAAGAAGAGUUCAGAGAAAUAGUGAUGGAGAUAGUGUCUCCCGUGUUGCUAACUGAGCCUGAAAUCUCUGUAAGAUUAGCUCCAUUAGAUGUUCCAGAUAGAACUGAUAAAGACAUUGUUUCUCCAACUGAAGAAAUUACUAUAAGUGAGCAACUGGAUGUGCGUGAAACAGUGCCGGUGCCAUCAGUUGAUGUAGGACCUGGUGUAGAAGAGAAGCUCGAUCUCUCUAUCGAACCAGAGGUAACAGAAAUAACAGAAGAACCUGGUGUGUCACCUAUUAGGGAUAUAUCUGCCAAAGAGGAUGAGACAAAAGCACCAUCUGUGGUAAUAGAACCAGUUGUUGAGGCAGAGCAAGAAAUUACCGUAGUGUCAUCUGUAAAAGAGUUGCAGGGAAUCACUGUAGAUGAAGUCAUUUCGACAGUGAGAGAUGUAGUUCUAGAUCAGAUAUUGGAUGAGGAUGGAAGUACGGUGGAAUCAUUGGAUGAGGAAGCUGUUAUUGAGGAAGACAAAUCUGAGGUGUCUAUUGAGGUAGCUGACAGAGCUGUGCCAGCAAUAGUGGCAAGUGAGGUAAAAUCCCCACUUGAAGUAAUAUCAGUUGACACAACAUUGGAUAUGGCAGCUGAUACAGACAAAGAAUUAGACACAAAGGAGGAAACUAUUGUUGAAGGUGCAUAUGAUGUCCCUGUUCAGCAAGCAUUUACAGUUGUGCAGGACAUUAAAAAGGAGGAAGUUGUUUCCAUAGUAAAAGAGGUAGACGUAACACGGGAGCUUGUGGAGGAAGAAGUCACAUUGGAAGAAACAGCAGAAGAGCUAUCUGCUUUAAAGGAGGAGCCCAUGGUCUCACUCAAAACUCCUGUCACAGAAUUAGAAGAAGUCACUGAAGAACACAUUGUACCACGAGAAAAGGCAGCUCCUGAUGGUGCAAUAAUAGAUGAGGAGACCUUGAAAAUAUCACCUUCAGCAGAGCCAUUACCCGUUAAGGACCAUGAGGCAGAUAUCUCUGUAGAAUCACCUGUGUCAGAUGUACACGACGCAAUGGUAAUAGACAUAGUGGCACCUGUAGUAAUAGAUAUGGUCAGGGAGGAGGUUGUUGAAGAAGAGAUCAGAAAAACAGUGAUGGAGGAAGAGUCACCUGUGUUGCUAACUGAGCCUGAAAUCUCUGUAAGAUUAGCUCCAUUAGAUGUUCCAGAUAGAACUGAUAAAGACAUUGUUUCUCCAACUGACGAAAUUACUGUAAGUGAGCAACUGGAUGUGCGUGAAACAGUGCUGGUGUCAUCAGUUGAUGUAGGACCUGGUGUAGAAGACAAGCUCGAUCUCUCUAUCGAACCAGAGGUAACACAAAUGCCAGAAAUAACAGAAGAACCAGGUGUGUCACCUGUUAGGGAUAUAUCUCCCAAGGAGGAUGUGACAAAAGCACCAUCUGUGGUAAAAGUACCAGUUGUUGAGGCAGAACAACAAAUUACCAUAGUGUCAUCUGUAAAAGAGUUGCAGGAAAUCACUGUAGAUGAAGUUAUAUCGACAGUGAGAGAUGUAGUUCUAGAUCAGAUAUUGGAUGAGGAUGAAAGUAGGGUAGAAGCAUUGGAUGAGGAAGCUGUUAUUGAGGAAGACAAAUCUGAGGUGUCUAUUGAGGUAGCUGACAGAGCUGUGCCAGCAAUAGUGGCAAGUGAGGUAAAAUCCCCACUUGAAGUAAUAUCAGUCGACACAACAUUGGAUAUGGCAGCUGAUAGAGACAAAGAAUUAGACACAAAGGAGGAAACUAUUGUUGAAGGUGCAUAUGAGGUCCCUAUUGAGCAAGCAUUUACAGUUGUGCAGGACAUUAAAAAGGAGGAAGUUGUUUCCAUAGUAAAAGAGGUAGACGUAACACAGGAGCUUGAGGAGGAAGAAGUCACAUUGGAAGAGACAAUAGAAGAACUAUCUGCCUUAAAGGAGGAGCCCAUGGUCUCAGUCAAAACUCCUCUCACAGAAUUGGAAGAAGUCACUGAAGAACACAUUGUACCACAAGAAAAGGCAGCUCCUGACAGUGCAAAGUUAGAUGAGGAGACCUUGAUAAUGUCACCUUCAGCAGAGCCAUUACCCGUUAAGGACCAUGAGGCAGACAUCUUUGUAGAAUCACCCGUGUCAGAUGUACCAGACACAAUGGUAAAAGACAUAGUGUCACCUGUAGUAAUAGAUAUGGUCAAAGAGCAGAUAGUUGAUGAAGAGAUCAGAAAAACAGUGAUGGAAGUAGUGUCACCUGCAUUGAUAACUGAGCCUGAAAUCUCUGUAAGAUUAGCUCCAUUAGAUGUUCCAGAUAGAACUGAUAAAGACAUUGUUUCUCCAACUGAAGAAAUUACUGUAAGUGAGCAACUGGAUGUGUGUGAAACAGUGCUGGUGUCAUCAGUUGUUGUAGGACCUGGUGUAGAAGACAAGCUCGAUCUCUCUAUCGAACCAGAGGUAACAGAAAUAACAGAAGAACCUGGUGUGUCACGUAUGAGGGAUAUAUCUGCCAAGGAGGAUGAGACAAAAGCACCAUCUGUGGUAAAAGUACCAGUUGAUGAGGCAGAGCAAGAAAUUACCAUAGUGUCAUCUGUAAAAGAGUUGCAGGAAAUCACUGCAGAUGAAGUUAUAUCGACAGUGAGAGAUGUGGUUCUAGAUCAGAUAUUGGAUGAGGAUGGAAGUAGGGUAGAAUCAUUGGAUGAGGAAGCUGUUAUUGAGGAAGACAAAUCUGAGGUGUCUAUUGAGGUAGCUCACAGAGCUGUGCCAGCAAUAGUGGCAAGUGAGGUAAAAUCCCCACUUGAAGUUAUAUCAGUGGACACAACAUUGGAUAUGGCAGCUGAUAGGGACAAAGAAUUAGACACAAAGGAGGAAACUAUUGUUGAGGGUGCAUAUGAGGUUACACUUGAGCAAGAAUUAACUGUUGUACAUGACAUUCUAGAAGAGGAGGCUGUUUCCAUAGUAAGAGAAGUUGAUGUAACAGAGGAGCAUAUUGAGGAGGAAGUUUCUUUGGAGGAAACAGAAUCAGAACGAUCUGCGUUGAAGGAGGGGCCCAUGGUCUCAAUUGAAACUCAGGUCACAGAUUUGGAAGAAAUUACUGAAGAGCACAUUAUACCACAAGAAAAGGCAGUUCCUGAUAGUGCAAAGGUAGAUGAGGAGACUUCGAAAAUGGCUCCUUCAGCACAGCUGUUACCCCUUAAGGAUCAUGAACCAGACGUUUCUGUUGAACCACCUGUGUCAGAUGUACACGACACCAUGGUAAAAGACAUAGUGGCACCUGUAGUAAUAGAUAUGGUCAGUGAGGAGGUAGUGGAGGAAGAGUUCAGAGAAACAGUGAUGGAGGUAGUGUCACCUGCAUUGAUAACUGAAUCUGAAGUCUCUGUAAGAUUAGCUCCACUAGAUGUUCUAGAUAGAACCGAUAAAGACAUUGUUUCUCCAACUAAAGAAAUUACUGUAAGUGAGCAACUGGAUGUGGGUGAAACAGUGCCGGUGUCAUCAGUUGAUGUAGGACCUGGUGUAGAAGAGAAGCUCGAUCUCUCUAUUGAACCAGAGGUAACAGAGAUGCCAGAAAUAACAGAAGUACCAGGUGGGUCACCUAUUAGAUAUAUAUCUCCCAAGGAGGAUGUGACAAAAGCUCCAUCUGUGGUAAAAGUACCAGUUGUUGAUGCAGAGCAAGAAAUUACCUUAGUGUCAUAUGUAAGAGAGUCGCAGGAAAUCACUGUAGAUGACGUUACUUCCACAGUGAGAGAUGUAGUUCUAGAUCAGAUAUUGGAUGAGGAUGGAAGAAGGGUAGAAUCAUUAGAUGAGGAUGCUGUUAUUGAGGAGGUAAAAUAUGAGGUGUCUAUUGUGGUAGCUGACAGAGCUGUGCCAACAUCAGUGGCAAGAACCAGUAGUGAGACUGUCUCAGAACUGGUUACAAGUGAAGCUCAAGAAGUCUUCGAAAAGGAUGUAAUUUCUCCACUAACAGAUCUUCCUGUAUGUGAUAAAUCUGAUGGGCAAGAUACAGAAGUUUCCAUACAGGAAACAUGUAAAGAGGAAGAAUCACUGGCAGCCGUCACUAAAAAGGCAACUGUGAUAGAGAAGGAAGAUAUAUUUGAAGAGUUAACUGUUUCCCCAGUUUUGGAAGUAAGUAGUACAACCAGAGCAAUUGUGGAAGAGACAGAGAAACGUGAAGAGCCACCAGUUGAAGAGGAUUACAGGGUGGUUUCAACCAAGAUUUCUGUAACAGAUGUAGCAACGGCAUUAGACAAAAGAGCAGCAGAUAUAUUCCCUAAGGAACUUAGUACAGUGGAAACAUCAUUUGUAGAAGAGGAAGAAAGACAGGAUAGAGCCCUGUUCCGUCAUGCAGCAGUAGUUUCCAAAGAAACCAUUGAGUUAAUACUUCAUGAUUCUGAAGUUAGUGUAGAAAGAUCCUUACAUGAGACUGAAAGAGAUUUAGCUAUGACAGACAAGAAGUUAGACAAGGCAGCUGAGUCUAUGACAAGUGGUGAAAUAAAAUAUCCAUCUCAGUACGUAACACUUAAAAAACCCUCAGUUCAGAAGCUAAUGCUGUCAUCAUUAAUUGAUGUCACUGCUGUAACAUCAUCUGUUGAAGGAGGGAAAAGCAUUGGUCACUCCCAUGAGGUAAUUGACAAGAAAAGUGUACAGGAAAUUAUUCACAGUGUGAAAGAAGCCACAAGAAAAAUAAAGGAAGAAGUUCGUGAGAUGAAACCAGAUCUUACACCAACCCCUGAAGGCAAAGACACUGUUUUGUCAUUACCAGAUUCAAAAGAAUCCAGUGAAAUUUCAGAACUGGUUUCCAUCCAGGAGGAACUUUUGCCAGCUGAAGCAGUAGCAAAAGAUGUAGGACUUCAUGGUGAUUACAGUGGUAUGGAGUAUGAUGUGGAAGAAACGAAUGGAACAGGAACAGAAGAGCAGUCUGCUCUUGCGCCGGAUAUUGAUUCCCACUUCCCACCUCAAACGACGUCUUUUGUAACUUCUGCUUAUCCUGGAUUGAUAAGACCCACAACUGAAAAACUUCCAAGAGCAGAUAUGGGAAGCCUUGAAUAUGAUGUUUCAUUCAAAAAAGAAAUUUCUACAAGCUAUGAUGAUUCACACAGAAGUCUGUCAAAAUCUGUUGUGUUACCCUCUGAUUUUGUAGACUCUGCAGACAGAUCUUAUGACAGCAUCAGUGUUUCCACAGACAUUACAGCUUCUGCAACUUCAGAACAAGGCUAUGAGAGAGAUCAUGUAGAAAUGGCAGUUGAUGAUGAAACGAUUGCUGUACAUGGUACAGCUAUGCCAGACAAACAAUUUCUGUUAUCACCAGAUGCGGAACAUUUCCGUGACCAUUCUGAAGAAAUAUCAGAAGGAUUAACACACUCUUAUGAUGAAACCCCAACCGUGUCUGCCAUGGGAAUGGUUGAAGCCACAACUCUUCUUGACGAAACAAAAUCAGUUCAUUCUAUUUCUCCAGAACCAGAAUUGAAAUUUGAUGUCAGCUCAGAAGAUAUUGUUAUGAAGGAUGAUCUCCUGGAAGUUACUGUCAGUGAGGAAGAAAUUAAAGCUGAAAUGGCUAAAACAGGAGUUUUUCUUGAAACUGCUUCUGGUGUGUCAUAUGUAAAUAUUGAGUCUCAUGGGAAACAGUCAAUAUGCAUUUGUGACGAUAUUGUUGUUAGUGAAUCAGUAGUUCUUGAAGCUCCCCAGUCUUCUAGUAAAACUUCAGUGAAGGCUGCUGAGGAAGCUGCUGGUAAACAUUCUGAAGAUGCACACAGUAGAAGGCCUUCAAAAUAUGAUAUUGAUCAUACAGGUUUAAAACAAAAAGUCAAACGGAAAGAUCAAGAAAAAAGUUCAUUAUAUGAUGGGAUCAAGCAGUUGAAAGAGCUUGGCACAGACCCACAUAAACCUAUGAUAAGAAAAACUAGUACCCCAAAACAUUCAAAAGAAGGUAUUUCUCUUCCAGAUACCAGUACACAGAAAUAUGUUGGCAGGAAAAGAGUUGAUGACAGGUGGGAUGGAGCCAAACCAUUUAAAGAAAGUGAUACUGGAACAGAUACGAGAACACUUACUGCAAAGAAACAGCCUCGUGAGCACAUCUCUAGAAAGGGUAAGGAUAGUGAUGCGAAAUUAGAUGAGGGCAGUAGCAAACUAUCUUCAAAAUAUGAUAAUCGAGUGUAUGGCUAUAUGGCAUCCACUCUGUCAAGGGAUUUGAAAGUUGGUCACCCAUCCACUGAUAGAUUCAGCAGUCUGAGCAGAGAAACUUCAUUUAGAAGGAGAAGUGCAGAGAGGGAAGAAGUUACUGCAUCCCCUCCAAAAAGUUCGCAGAGAAAAACUUCGAUUGUGACAGAUUCUAAAGGGGCUAUUCCAAAAUCAUCACCAAUCAAGAUUUCUGUUAAAGAUGAGAUAUCUGAUACCAGAACAGUGAGUACAAAACAAAGAACAAGUGCAGAAAAAUCAGAUCAUGAAGGAAACCAAGUUGGAGUGUCAACCUCAAGAAAAGUAGUUUCUGAUAAAAAGAAACCAUCUAUUGGACGUGAAGGCAUGUCUUCAUCUGUACUUCAUCAGGCUGCUUCUAAAAAGGUGGAGAUGCACGCAACAGCUGGAAGAGGCAAAAAGUCAAUAGAUACAGAUUCUUCAAAAAGUACAUCAAAAGCUGGGAAUGUUGGUGGUAAGUCAAAGAAAUUACCUUCUCAAGUUCAGAAAACAUACGAGCAACAAAGAGAAACUGACCAAAAGGGCAGGCAUGCCAUACACAAAAGAGAUGCUGGUAACUUCUCACUAGAAAAGAAAGUACCAGAUGCAAAAGCUUCAUUUGUAGAGACAGGUUAUAGCUCUGACCAAACAUCUGAAUAUGAUGAAAGUAUAUCCAUUAAAGAUCAUCAAAGUGUGUUAUCAUCAACCAGUCCAGAACCCUCUCUCUCAGUUCAGUCAGUAGUGGAACGCUUUACUGCAGACAAACCAAGCCAGUCACCAGCUGCAUCACCAGUUCGAAUUGCUCGAAGUCCACCUUCAGUGCCUUCAAGCCCUGGCCGUGCAUCACGUGUGACACAGCUUCUUACAUCUGAAGUGUUUACAAGAACCAUUGACACAACAGGGUCUAUUGAAGUUAUAUAUCGACAGCCGACAGCAUCUGAGGCACUACGUCGUGUUGCAGCUAUUUCAAGUGUUCGUGGAUCUCAUGAAACAGGCAGCAUUGAAGCAGAACUGUCAGUGAUAGACACUACAGACUCUUCCUUGUCUGAUUCUGUAGCACUUCCUCUGUCUUCUUCUGAUCAUGACCUUCACGGCUCACCAGCUUCUCCUAAACCAACACGCCGAUCUCUUGACAUGAUUCAUGAUGGUGCAGGACAGAGAAUUCGUUUGUCAGAUUUUGAACCUGAAUUGUGUACAGUCCCUAAAGAUGAAGAUUCUGGUAUCAUCCACAAGCCAGAGAGUCUGUUUCCACAUGAAACCACUUCCAGUGCUACAAUAUCCCCUGUGAAGAGACGUGCAGAGCCUUCAGUCUCUCAGUCUCGUUCACAGAUAUCAGAGGAGCAGCUGUCCCCAAUCCUGGAUGUUCGAGCUGUAACCCCUCCCAGAGUGAAACACAAGUUUCACUAUGUUGCUGAGGAAGAACCAUCGGAAGCUGCAUCCCUCUCCUCUCCAGACAAAAGGGAUGUAUCUCAGGGAAAAAAGCAAGAGCAAGAUAAACCAGCAGACUUUGUUUGGGCAAGAAAUAGAGCAUUAGCUUUGAAUCUGAAAAAAUCAGAGUUCACCAACUCUUUAAACAGUGUGGAUAAUAAAAAAACAGUUGAAACAGAUAAUAUCCUGCAUCAGAAAGAAAUAAAACAAGAAAAGCUCCAAUAUAACAGCAGCUUAUUUCAGAAGGAGGAGUCAAAAUCAACAAAUAAUAUAUAUGUAAUAUUCAUUCAGCAUUCAGCUGGAAAAGGCUUUGCGACAGAAAAGAAUAGUGGCCUCAUGAAGGUGUCACAUUUAGUGGAUGUUGAUGAUGAAAUGGUAUUCACUCAUUUAGUAACCUGCAGAACUUGUCAAAUGAAUACCAACACAUUUCCCAUGAAGACUAAAGCGUCUCUGGUACCAUUAGGUGCAGUAGGGCCUUUAGGAUUAAAGGUUGGAAUCGGUUGGAUGAGUUCAGUUGAAGCAAGCCACAUCCAAUUCAUAUUGAGUUUAAAAAUGAAAUAUUUAAAAGAUACUAUAAUCAAAUCCAUGAUUAAGAAACACGAUGGACAAAACAAGUUGGUGAAAGCAACUUCAUUAAAAUCUGAGUCUGCAUCUAUUGUCCAUGUCCUGCCAAACAGCACAUGCAUAUUGCUAUCGCAUGACUUUUCUCACCUCAGUGCAGCUCAUGGCUUCCUUCUUAUGAACUUCCUGAAUAUUGUGCAAUCACCUGAUGAGCAUCUCUCUUCUCAGUCAUGUUCUAAAUAUAUUGCCCAUGUCCAGUCAUACAACACAUUAACCACAAUGUACCAAAUAUCUAGCCAAGCGAGUGUCCGCUUAAUCACGCACAAACAGAAUGAAAUCUGUACUGUGUACAGCAACAUAAUGCUCUUGUUUUUUUGCAAUAUAUUACUGGAACUGAAUUCAUUCAAUUUACAUUACUGCAAUAGCAAAAACAGUCCAACAGUUUCUCCCGAUACUACAGCUAGUACUACUGCAAAUAAUACCAUCAGUGGUAUUGCUCUACUAGCUGUCCCCAAAUUUAAAGCAAAUGAUACAGCAUUGCUCUGUGACUUUUCUGAACAGUCUAAUGUAAUUUUCUGCGUCCUGUUUCUUAAGACCUAUACCUGGCAUGUGUUUAACCGUGUACACCAUAAAAGUAUAACUUAUCUCUUUCUGUUGAUGGAUAAUGUUCCUUUUCUGGUAGGGAAUGUAAAAGAUUCUUUAAUUCCUCUGAUUUUUCUCUCCAUCAUUCUGUGUUUUGCUGUCUCUGUUGAACUGUUUGUACCAAUUUCCUCAUCUACCUCCAAAAGAAUUUUGUUUUUAAUUUAUACUGGUUCUGAUGGUAUUUUUAUACUUUUGUUGAUUCAAGAUUUUGUUAAUUACUUCCUAUUGUUAUAUUUAAUUAUAUUUUCUAGAAACUUGUUCUCCAAAAUUAAAACAAAUUUAUUGAAAAUAUUGACUGUUUCUUUAUCAACACUAGAACUCAAUGUAUGUAAUGAUGUACAUUUAGACUUUUCAUUCCAGUGGUUUUAUUGUCUGAGACAGACAAAUUACAUUAAUUUGCUUCUAGAUAUUGAGAUUUCUCUUCUGAUAAUAAUAAUUGCAGAAACUUGUUUUUGUGUAGUUGUAGGCCCUGUUAUGGUUUCUGCUAAUAGAGCUAAUGAUUUGUGUUUACCCUCCCUAUUUGAAUUUAGGCCUUUAAAAGUAACUAUGUCUCCUUAUAGUACAGGGUUAUUUAAUUCUUGCUAUUGUCCUGAUGCUCUAUAUGUGUAUAUGAGGCUCACUUGUUCAUUAACUGAAGUUGAAAUGUUCGAAAAUAUUGGAAAUGUUCUCUUGCUGCAGCAUGCCAUAUUCACCCUGUUCUUUUCUCCACUACAGUUGUCCCAGAAAAACCAAAAUCUAAUUUUGUUGGAUAUAAUUCUCACUUUAACAUGUUGCACAUGGAGAAAUGUGCACUUUUUACUUUGUUUCAGUUUAUAUAACAGAACAAAAACACUUACAUUAAGUUCUGACCAACAUGGUUGCACACAAAUUUUGCUACACCCUAUAACAUUGGACACAGCUGUUACAACUGCUUUGCAUGCUGUUCUACCUACCAUCAGGCCUUCUAACUAUUACAUUUCACCUCUGAAUCCACCCACACCUCCUCACACAUUGCUCCCGUCACAAUUUUACAUCUUUCCUUUCUCUUUCUCAAAGCCUGCAUCUACCUCGUAUGGAGACCGGUAUCAGAUGCUGCACUACAGAAUAUCAUUGCUGUUAAUUGUGUCUGUCCUGAUUAUGAUCUUUCAGUUAAGGUGUUUAAUAAACAUGACAAUCAUAAUGAAUGGAAAUAUUGUCCUACCUACAACAACAAAAAAUAAUUCAUACCAACUAAAGCUUUUUGAAUUUACAAUUGGGCUGAAUCUUCCAACCAAGUCUGUAUUUCAUGUGAUUUCUCAGUUAUGGGGGCUUCUGAACACUUCACCAAGAGGAGAAAGUGUAGCUGCCUUGAAUUCCUUGAGUGUGAGUCUGAAAUAUGUUCCUGACUUCAAAAAUCAGCUAUUCAUACUAAUCAUGUUGGAACUGAUAUUGGUAGAAAGGGAAACUCAAAAAGGUUUUUGGAACACAUUACAAAUGUUCAAAAGCAGCAGACUGCUAAAACAGACAGUGGACCAUCAGCAAGCAGUGGAGAGCUUGUUAAUAAUGCAUCCAGAACCAAGCCCAAGACUUACUCCUGCUUCUGUCCAAGAUGUACCCACAAUUCCCAUUACCAAUUUAUUGUCAAGCAGUCUUCCUGUCACAAGUGUUUCAGAACAACCAGUCAGUGAAAAACAACCAGAUCAAGUCAUAGAAGAUGUGCAGAGUUACUCAGAAAGGAAGAAGUUUUGGGAACAGAUGACAACUGGUCAUACAAAAUCCUCUAGUACACAAGAUGCUAAACAAGAUAGUGGGCCAUUGCCUAUUCCAAAGCCUCGCUCAAAAAUGCUACCAGCACAGAGUGCUCCAGAUGCAGCUAUGCUGGAGACAUGUGCGAAAUCCAAAUCCAAAUGUGAUUCAGAAACAACUUUAAGUGAUCCUACAGUACAAAUGGAUCAAACAGCACUGGAGAGCAAGCACUUACAUUUCACUUCUUUAGAUAGUGCAGACAGGGAAGGUUCAGAAAAAGAAGUUAUAGAUACUGUUGUUAGUCAACCUACUUCUGACGUUUCCUCUGUCAUUCCAGAAGUUGAUGGUGGUGAAGAAGAAAGUGUAAUGAAGCCAGAUGCUUCAGCAAAUGAUUACAAAGCUACUGAUGUUGAACAUGAGCCACAAACAAAGCUUAUUGAGAGUAAAAUUUGGAAACAGAGACACAGCAUCUCUGAAGACAAAGUUUUUGAGAAGAUACCGCAUGCCACAGCUGAAAUAGGGCCUCUUUCAGAAGUCAGCACCAAAAUAUUGCCCGUUCGAAAAUCAAUAUACGAGAGGUCGGUCUCACUACCAAUGACAGACAUUACCCCAUUUGAUCGCAGCAGUAGUGUACAGGCUAAAAAAAGGUAUUUUGAAGCUCAUAUAAAAAAAGAAAUGGUUGUAGAGCAGUUAAUGAAACAGCCAGAGGAGGAAUCUUCGCCUGAACAUAAAUCGAUACACCAUUCACCCGAUGUAAGUGAAAAGCAUACUGAUCAUGAAGCAUUUGCUGAAAAGUCCUUCAUGCCUGAUAUAAAAUCAGAAGUUUCACAUGCAGAAGCUACAGUGAAAUCGCUUGAUGGCAAAACAGUUGAUUAUGUGGAUUUGAGUGCACUCAAGGAUACAGAAGACAAAGAUGCUCCAUGGAUUACAGAAGAAACUGAUACAACCAGUUAUAAAAAGGGUGUAAAAGACAUACGAAGUGUCUUUGAAAGUAAAGAUACAUGUAAAGAAACACAGUCAGUAAAGGCUAGCCAUAUCACUUCACAGAAAUUCGAGACUGACUUUGUUGAAACACAUCAGGAAAUGACUACAGUGCCAACAGAAAUUUUCCAGGAAAUUUACUCUCCUGAAGCUCCUAUUGGUAUGGGAGAUUUGACAUCUGGUCAGAAGGAACAGUCUGAGCUUAUUCCUGAUUCUGAUAUAGACCAAGGUUUUAAAAUAGAUGAAGUUCUGCAGUAUAAAACGGAAUCUAUUUCAAAACCAUCAGAUUCCUUAGAAGUACAUGUUGAUAAAAGUGAAACAGAAGAAACAGAAAAAGAUAUUGAAGAGGAAAUUAAGGAACUAGAAGUUCAGGAAGGAAAGAUAUCAGCCCAAGAUGAGUACAAGAGCUCCACUGUCAUUGAAGAAGAACCAAUACCUUUGAUUAGAGUAACUUACUCAGGAAAGCAAAGAACUGAUAGUGAUAGUCCAGGGGAAAGUGAGGACACAGCAUCAGAAUCUGAUGUUACACCAGAAGAGGCACGAGGUGAAGAACAUCCACUGUACCAGCCUGAAGAGCACAUACAUGACACAGUGUGGGAAGUUCCAGUGCAAGAAGAACCACAAAUAAUCCAAGAGGAAGUGACCCAAGAAAUGUCUGUCAUCAAACAAAUCCCAGUAGCAUCCACACAUUCAGAAGAGCAUACACACAUUGGAGGUGGUGCUCCUCACCUAAUCACAAAAGAGCAGGCAAGAAUUUUAGCAGAAGAAGUUAUUUAUAGCAUUGAAGAAGAAGUUUCAAAACGUGAUGAUUUAUGUUUUCGAAGCGAGGCUAGUACAUCACCUCCAGUCCCUCCUCCUGAAAUUGCCGAGACACAAGUUACUGAGUACUUGCGACAUCUGUCUGGUAAAGAACAGCUUGAGCCAAGGGAAGUUCAGCUAGUGGAAUCUGUUCUUGCCAGGAAACACAGAGAACAAAUAAAAAAGUUCUCUAGGACAGACACAACGUCAAGCAUAGAAAUUACAGAUGAAGAUCUACGAAGCAGUGGAGUUGAUACUGAUUUAUCACCAGUUGAAGGACAGUUAGGCAAGUAUACAACAGUUUCAAAAGAAGAAAUUCCACAUGACAGCACUAGUUGUGAUGGGGCACUGGAUGACAGCUUUGAGCCUUCUAUCGAUUUAGCUAAACUGGAAGCUGCAGAAGCGGUAGAAAAAACAUUAGCAGAAGUGCGUGAGUCCUUGGAGGCGGCACAAGAAGAGUUGAUUGAAGAGCAUAAGAAGAAAGAAGAUUUGAUGCAAAAGAAAAAAUCACCAUCAGAAUUUGAGUUUAAAAUGCUAACCUUUGAAAACAAAUUUGAUGAACAAAUUGAAGAAUCCUACUCUGAACAAGUUAGUGCCUCAGUUGAUUAUAUGGAAGCAAAAGAAGAUGGCAGUAUGAAAAUGCAAGCUACUGACAUAGCAUUGACUGAAUCAUACGAUUUAAAAUCUGAUGCUGAGAAAAUACAGAAACAAGAAACAACUAUUGCAAAGGAUGGUACAGAAAAACAGGAAAAAACUGUAACUGAAACCUCAGACAUCAGAGACACCAGAACUGUGGAAUCCACAAUAGAAGACAUUUCCAUUUACAAAAAGGAUGAUUCUCAUUUAUUAGUAGGGAAAAAGAUUUCUGCAAGUUUUUUAGAUGAGGAGGCUCAGAAAUUAACAAGUGAGACCAAGGAGACUGAGCUGAAAUCAAAAAAAGACUUAUUUUCUAGUAAAACUGUUAAGGAAUCAGAAAAAACAGAUAAGGUGUCAAAGGACAGAGUUGAUACUAGCAGCCAGAGAGAAGAAGAAACUGAUGGUGUUUUAAUAAGAGACAGAGAUGAAGAAAUGUUUGCAAAAAUGUCAGUUUUAAGGAAGGAAAAGGACCAUAAGCUCGAAGAACACAUUGAAUCACUCAGUGAGGCUAAGUCCAAAACUGUUACUGCAGAAGAACAGUCUACCUCACACUUGAUUCAAGAAUAUGUAUUUGAAGCUACUUCAAGCUCACAAUCAUUCCAAACUGAUAUGGAAAGUGAUACAGACAAAGAGAGUAGAUCAGAAGACCCUGAUAUGACAAGAAAAACUAGUAAACCAGAAGCUACUGUGAGUGAAUUACAGAAGCCAUCAGUGGAGUUUAAUUUACAUUCAGAUAAGAGUGAGGCAUGUGAAAUUGAACUGAAAACUGGCAUAGAUGUCUCUGAAAGUGGAACAACAGAGGCAAUACAGGCAGAUCAUUCUGCUGAGGUGCAGCCGGAGUUGUCAAAACAGGUUACACAUGAUCAGACAGAAUUUAGUUACAGUGAAAAACUGGAACAUUCUUCAACACAAGAUGAACCUACAAAAUCGUCAACAGAAGUACCUUUCAGUAAAGAACGGGAUUAUUCAACUGAACAGUCUGAUGUAGAAACGCCAGUAGUAAUGCGUCGUCAUCAACACGAGUCAUCAGACCCUGCAGAGUGUGUGACAGGAGUCACUUUGCGUGCAGAUAGGAGAUCUGGAGCAGAUUUUGAAGCUUGGUCAAGUUCAGGAGAGAGCCAUUAUCAGUCUUUUGAGCAGACUUCUGAAAGUGGUCGCACCUACAGUAGACCUUGUUCCUCAGAUGUUGAAGUUUUAAUUGCUGGUGUUGGCAGUGGAACAACUGGAUCCUCUGAAUAUGAAUCAGCUCUUACAUCAGCAGAAUAUUCUGCUCGUUCUGCAGCCACAUCACAUGAAUACCAUACUGCAGUUAGUUCUCUUAGUUCUAGGGAAUCAAUGAAGUCUUUAGAUUCUGAAAGUUCCGGUCACUUGGCAAGUAUAGAAGUAUCGAGUGAAGCAUCAGAGACCCUAGUGCCAUCAGCACUGGAACUUGAAAGGGAUAUGGAUGGCAUGGUUGGAUCUGUUGUAAUGGAUGAAGAUGAUCAUCGUGAUGUGGAUUUCACAACAGAAAUGGAUGAAGCAAAACUAACUCAAUCAUGUCACCAUAUAACUGCUUCUCACAUUGCUGAAUCAGAAGCAUCUGACACUAUAUAUGGUGCUAAUGGGAAAGAAUCUGGAGCUGAUGAAUUUCAUAUAGAUUCUAGGCAAACAGAGGGGGAAGAAUAUGGAAGAAUUAGUCCAUUUGAGGUAAUUAGUGAAUCUGAUAUUCUUGACUACACUGGACAAAUAUUUAUGCCUGAAGAAGAAGUAAGGGACCAGACUUUAGGUUCCAUGUCCGAUGAAGGAGAAAGACAUCAUUGUAUGAAACGCUCUCAUGAAAUGAUAUUCCAGCCUGAGCCACGUCCAGUUAUCACAGAUAGCCCAUUAUCAGAAACAGGCACUGAGAUUCAGGAUGAUAGGCUUGGAUCAAGUGUUGAAGAAAGCAGUAUGUUGAGUACAUCAAGUACUUCAGAUGCUGGUGCUUUAAGAACUGUCAUUGAAGUACUAAGAGCAGAUAUUGAUAAGAUGGAAGCAUCAGUGGCUUCAGAACCAACCAUUAUGACUGUGUCACAGGUGUCACAAUUAAGUCUUGAAGAUGUUGAUAUGAUAGUAGAUGCUUCACAAUCAUAUGUGGCAGAUUCAGGUACAAGCACACAUCCACCACCCUCAUCUGAACAAGACACGCAACUCUCGUCAGUCACCAUAACAACGUCAUCUGUGGAUGAAUAUGGUAUCCAGAGUGUCUGUACACAGGUGACAUCACAGUCACAGAGUCCUGUUCUUGAUGAAUCAUGUGAUCAUUUAGCAAUAGAAGAUACUGGUGUUCAUGAAAGUAAUGGUCCUACUCAAGUUGACUACAUUCCUGAGUAUGAUGACUUUGAGGAUGUCGGUAAAAGAGGCUUAGGGCAUAGGCGCAAAGAAAGUACUAGUGCAUUUGCACUCUCUUCUGUUGUAAGUGAUACUAAGCACGAGAAGGUAUGCUAUCCAGAAACUGCUUCUUCAAAAACUGGCAUGUAUGCAUUUGGUGACAUGGCUGAAAGUGAUAAAUAUAAAGAUACAGGACCAUUGACACUCAAAGAAGUUAGUAGUGAUGAAAAGAAAGAUAUUGAUGAGUCAGAGAGGUCAGAAGAAGAAUCAUACCAAACAGAAGCAGAUCAAGGUUUCCAUCGUGAUUUGAAAGAGGGCAGAAUUCAACUAGAAGAUGUUUCUAGUAUUGAUGAAGAUACUGAAAUAGAGUUCAGAGAGUUGGAUUCAAGCAGGCCUCAAUCUCAAGUUAGUAAAUCAGAUUCUGAUGGACAUAGGCCUGUGUCAUCAGGUUUUUCAGAUGACCGACCUGAUUCUGAAUUAGCAGAGCUUCUAAAACAAUGUUCUUCAGAUGGAAAAGAUUUUGAAGACCCUGUGGAAAGGCCACUUUCACCAGAACCAGCAGAAGAAUGUGAUCUGAAAGGAGAUACUCCAGAAUUAUCAUCAGUGGCUCAAGCAAGUGUAACUGAACUAGAAAUGGAAUAUUCAGGUGCCUUCAGUCAUGCAGCAGAAUAUGCAUCACAUGUAAGUCCAGUACCAGAAGAACGUAUGUCGUAUGAUGUUGUCUCUGAGGAAGAGACAACAGAUGCUGGCAUAACAAUUCAGAAAGAUCCACAGUUUUUGCCUGCAAUACAAAGUGUACACCCAGGGACUGGUGUUGGUGAUUUAACGGCUGAAAAACAUGAAACAGAGACAGGUGACCGUCCUCUUAAAGAGAGACGAUAUCAGACUCGUGAUAUAACUGUUUCAUCACCUAAUGCAAUUCCAAAUAUAACUGUUACUCAGCACAUGACCCCACUUGUUGACAGAGACUUUCACUACCCAGAUCUAGAAUGUGAAGAAUUAACCAGAACAUUACCACAAACACCAGUGUCCAUAUCAAGCCAAGCAUCUUCAGAAACAGAGACUGACCAAGGACGGGAAUAUGUAGUAGAUGAAGAAAGAGCACCAGAUUUCAUUUCUGAAGAGUCAGAACAAGAUGAAAAUGCAGAGGAUAGAGUUCAUGAAUCACGUUCAGCAGAUGAGGUAUCAGGAGCAGAAGAGAAGACUAUUUAUGAAACCGAAAAGAAGAUAGUCUCUAAAAGUGAAGUAGGUUCACCUGCAACUGAAUCACCUGCAAGUGAUUCGUUUGAAAUGUUAGAGAAACCAGAUUUAACUGAUGAGUAUGUUGUUGUGGAAGAAGUGGGUAAAGAGGCAGAGGAACAUGACACUGAAGGAAAAAGUGUACGCAUACAAAAAGCAAUACAAACAAUAAAAGCACAUUCACAUAAGCCUUGUGACGAUGACACAGUUGUCGUUUCACCACCGGCACCAACAACCAAAAUGACACAACUGAAGUACUAUCCAGAAGCUGGUGCAGGUGAUGAUGUUGGCCCAUUUCCUUUUGAAGACAGUCCUCCUACUGGUGGUGCUGCAAAGAAGCCUGUGACUAGUCAGGAACAAAAUGGAGCAAAAGCUGGUAGUUAUGAAAGUGAAGAAAGUGGCUAUGAAAAUGAAGUAGAAGCAAAUAAGAAGUGGAUGGAAAUGCAGUUUCAAACAGAAACAGCAUCAAGCUCAUCAUCUAGCUACGGAUAUGAAAUGGAAUUUGAACGUGCACCACUUGAGGACAUAAAAGAAGAAGAAGUAAGUGAGUUUGAUCAGAGUAGCAGCAAAGUUGGUAGUAUUGGAAGUUAUCAAGCAUCCACAAUUGGAAGUUUUGGCAGUAUGAAGGAAUCACUCAGCAGUACUCCUGAGUACGACGUCUUGGCUGGUCGUAAGUUUUUUAGUAGAUCAGGAGAGCACGAUGAUGUUUCAAUGAGUUCUCUUCAGGAGUUUGAACAAUUAGAACAUCAGUUAGCACUCGAAGCUGCUCGCAAGAAAUCACACGGGUCUCAAGAUUCUCUUAAUGGUAGCCUCAGUAAAAGAUACUCGUCAGCUCGUAGUGUACAGGGAGAUGACAUAUCACUUUCUUCAUUGAAAGAGUUUGAAGGGUUAGAAAGUGCAUGUAUUGAAGCUGCUAAGAUUGAAUCACGAGCAAAGGAAGAAGAAGAAUCAUUGCUAUCUGAGAUCGAAGAAGGUCAUGAAAGUCAAGUGUCUGAAUCUGAAAGUUGUGAAACUAUGUCUGUAGGUGAAGGAAAGAUUGGAGGUGAGUCAGUUGACUCUGAUGACUAUGAGAAGAGAAUGUUUGAAAUUGAUGAAAUUAUUCGACAAGCUCAAUCCAAUGUAGAAAAAUUUGCUGAAAAACGGGAUAAAACUUGUGGUGAAGAUCAGACUGAGAGCAGUGUGUUGGAGAGAACCGAAUCUGUUGAUCGUGGUGAUUCCUUGGAAGAAGUUGCUCAUGUCCCUGAGCUCGACCUUGACCAACCGACUACCCAACACACUUUGCCAGAAUCACCGAGGCGAUCGACAUGUGAUAUAACAGAUUCGAUGAAGAGCAGUACCGAUUCACUGGAUCUGCGGACUGUUGAACAUCGAGACUCGUCGCGUGCCAGCACAGAUUCUCUGGAUCUUAAGACAGUUGCAGAGAAGUCAGGAGAUCUGAUGACAGGUAGCACUGAUUCUAUAGAGAUGCAGGCACAAAAGGGAUAUGCCACACAAGGUGAUUUAAUGACUGAUUCCAUAGAGUUACUAGCUGAUACAAUGGUCACAGCUACUUCUACUGACUCCUUAGAUGUGCUGGAAAUGACAGCAAUACCUCCUGGAAUUACUAUGUCAGAUUCAGUCGAGGAAGAAGAGGAAACAUCUGUACAAGGCCAAGGAGGGCAAGGUUCAGGCUCGGGAGCUCAUGACCGAAGCAGCUCCAGUGGUCGUGAAGGGGAUCUAAGUUCAUCUGGUAAAGAAGAUAACAGUGGUGAUCAGUGUGGAACCACUCCUGCAGGAGCAGAUUUAAUGCUUGGAAGCACUGAUUCAUUGGAACCGUCCAGCUCUACAGCAACUCAUGCAACAUAUCAGUAUGAAACUGAUUCAGUUAUGUCAUCAAGUUUUACUAGUGGAGGAUCUAACACAAUGGUUUCAAGUACUGACACCCUUGACCCAACUGCAACAAUUACUAGUGGAAUAAACACAAUUGAUCUUGUAAGUGCUGCAGCACAUUCUGGUUUAUGGUUUGAAGAAACUAGUGGUUCUAAGACUUUUAUAACAGAGGGGUCUGAGCCAGACUCAGAAGGUAAAGUUUCUCUUACAAUGCAAAAGAUUGUUUCAUUACCUCCUGAAGUACAGCAGAUGUCUGUGCGUGCUUCAGAUGUUCACAGUGCACUAAAGGAGUAUGUGGAACAGUAUGUCUUGGAAGCAGCUGUAUCACAGUUGCAAGGGACUGAUACUGAAGCUACAAGUGAUGUCAAAGCUACUGUUGGACAGUUAACUGAUUUGCCACAUGAUGAUACCCAGACACCAUUCACUGACUCAGAGUUUUCAGAAAGAAGUAUGCAAAUAAAAGAUAAGAAGAAAUCAGACUCUGGAAAAUUGGUAGAACCAGUCAGUGGCACAGGACUUGCAUCCCUCCAGCUCCAUUCCUUGCCUUCAGGGCUGCUGACACAGCAUACCUCUGUUACUCAUCAUGUUGUUCCUUCUACCCAUGGGGCCGUAGUUGUCACCCAGCAAGGAAAAAGCACUCCCCACCUAACAGAUUUGCCUUCUGGAGAACAGCAGCAGGAUCCUCUUCCUUCACAUGAAGUCACUGUGCGAGAUGAGCAGGAAGAUGAGUCUCUUGCCCAAUCAGGAACAUCCCAGGGAGAAUGCCCUAGCAGGGAAAUGCAAGAUGCUGGUGACAGAACAUCAACACCAACCAUCUCAUCAUCAGCACCAGAAGCUGACAAGAAAGAUAUUACUGACGACAAAAGAACACAGUGAAAGUGAAGACGAUUACUGUGGAAAUAACAUUGAUCUCUAUCAUAAGUGGCAGAAAUGUGUGUCAGAUAAAAUGAAAAUGCACAGCAUUUUCCUGACAUCACUUAUAAUCUCACUUUAGAUGAAACACAUAAAACAAUAAACUUCAUGCAUUUUUCAUAAUAAAAUUAUUAACUAUAUGGAACUGCUUCUGUGUAUUACUUCAUAUCUGUAUCUACACAGAGGACAUUAAACAACAACACUCUGUUCAUACAAUAAUUUUUAAUAUUUCUGUGUCCGAUUUACUGUUUGUGAUGUAACAGCUAGUGACAAUUAUUGUCACUGAAACUGAGAGGCCCAGUGAAAAUAAUAUGUAAAUGAAUAUAUUUUAGACACUAUCUUUGUGUCAAAUGGUACUUUUUAUACCUAGAAGUUUCUCUCUGUCAAAUUCUUUGUUGUUGCAAUAUUCAUACAGAGACUGCAUUAAUAUAAUUUCCUCUGUCUUUGUUGUUGUAACAUACAACCUCAUCCUCAGAUUCAAACUGGAUACUAUGUUAAUAGUUUUGCAUAGUGUAUCUCAAAUCCUUUGAUGCUUCAAUGUGGUAAAGUGAAAAAACUAAAACAUGAAAAGGCAGUUUAUUCAUGUCACAAAAAACUUGAUAUUACCAGUUAUUCAUAUCAUGAAACAAUUGUUACUCUGACAAUUUUCUUCAUUUGUGAGAUUUCAAAUGAAUUAAGCAAAAAUGUAAUAUGGCCUGCCAAUUCAUAAUGCCAAUUCAUUGUGAGAUAAAAACGAUUCUGAACCUGCAAAGUGCUUUACAAAGAAAGUGGAAGAACUUUUAUCAGUAUAAGGUUAUUGUCAUUGUGAAUAUGUUCUUAGACUUAUGAGCACACCACUCACCUAAGCAGAAUGGAGGAAUGUGAAGUUAUACAAACGAUAUGUAAUAUUUGACUACAAAUAAUUCAAGUUCAGGUUUAGAACUGAAGAAAUUUGCACCAGUACAAGCUAUUACAGUACCAUAAUAUGUUCAUAAACAUAUGGUUUUGUAGUUGACAAAAUAUUAUGAGAUUGCUCAAGAAAGUUUGAACAACACUAUAAAAAAUAAAUAUAUAAAAAUAAAAUUCUGCAGACAUAAUUUUAAUGCUGCAUUCGUAUGUAAAAAUUACCAACUUUUCAGGAUGCAAUUUUAUAUUUUAUGAAGCAAUAAAAUGCUUAAAUGUUUGCUCAGUGGGCUAAUGCGAAUGGAAAUAAAUCAUAAAUCAAGUACAGCUACUAACUAAAAUCUCUUUGUAGGCUGGUGGAAAUACUGCCAAGUACUGAACUAUUCCACUUGCUAAAUUACUAAGGAAUUAUUUAUCAAUUUUGCCUUCAUAUUUGUUGUGCUGUAUCAGGCAUGCCUGGGAUAUGUUGAAAUUCUAUAAAUGUUGCAAUUACAAGUUAACAUUAAAUACAAUUAUUAAUGAAUGUGUUAACAACAAGAUUAAAAUUUCAGUGUUAUCUCCUAGAAUAACUUCCAAACAAAAUUUUUCAUGUGUUUUAAAUUUGCUUGUGAUUACCCUGGAAAGUAACACGAUCCAUCUUAUCAGCUUCACAAUAUGUGACAUAAUUCUCAGUGGUGUGGAAAAUGGCAAAAUGUAAAAAAGAAGUUCUAUUGUGAUAUUAACUCAUUCAAUCAUCUCUGUUGUGCUAAUUUAUGUUAUUGUAUGGGUCAUGGUAACCUGCUUUAUUUCUUUAGGCAUAGAAAACACAGCAACAGUGGCUUUGGGACUCAUCACUGAACGUUCAUUGUCUUCUGAUGUAAACCUAUGAGUUGCAAGGGAAGCAUUUAUUCUGGAUGAUUUUAAUGGUGUCAACUGGUAUUAAUAUUUUUACCAUAAUCAUUGUAUACAUUUGCUUAAAUGGUAGUUUUUAGAAAACAGUUUAAAGAUAAGAAUGUCAACACAUUUCAGAACUCAUCCUGUUUGUUUCCCAUAUCCUAGCAUGUUGUAUGAAGGCUGCAUUUUGAAUUAUUUAAUAAUUCAUCAGAUAGCAGUUAAGAAGAAAAGAACUGUUGUUAUUUUUUAAAAGAAGAGUUUUCUUAGCUGAGAAAUCUAUGAUGGACUGUGCUUUGUUUUCCAGUGAUGCAUGUUAUUUCUACUAAUGAUGAAAUUGUACUGAAUGAACAGAAUGUGAUUACAGCUGAUGUUUUUAUUGGCUGAGAGUUUUGACAAGGAAAUAAAGCUUACAGAUAUAAUA